AUGCAAGCUGUUCAUUGGUUCAUGCGAGUGAAUCCCCAUCUCCGAUCCACUGAGGUACGAGCUUUGGCAACGACAAAAGGUCUCUGGGAUGACGAAAUGCAACGUGAUUUACCGAAAAAAUGGGAACGACAUGGUGACAUGAUAGUGUUCCCACAAAAUUCCUUCACCCACAACAACUGGAGAUAUAUCGGUCGAGACUUAUGGCGAGUGGUAGCCGAAUCGUUGAACAUUGCCCGAUUGGGCCGAAAACGAAUCAUUGAUGACGAGGACGACAGAACGCCACAUGUCGAUUUACUGUAUGGAGAUCAUGGAUGGGUGGAACAUGUCGAUGAUCGUGGUAUACGAUUCGUAUAUGAUGCCUCUAAAAGAGUGUUCAAUAAUAAGAAACUACCAGAAAUGCAACGUAUAUCGGAAUGGGAUUGUCAUGGACAGACCAUAGUGGAUAUGUACGCAGGCCUUGGUUACUACUCUCUACGAUUUCUUGUAUGCUGUGGAGCAAAGCAAGUGGUCAGCAUCGAUUGGUCAGAUGACAUGUGUGAAGCACUAAGGCGAACCGCUGAGGCAAAUAAUGUGGAGGAUCGGCUACUCGUCAUCGAAGGAGAUAGUCGAAGGGUUACGCCAUGCUUGGUUGCUGAUCGUGUUUUUCUUGGCUUAGUGCCAUCAUACCGUGCACAUUGGCUCACAGCCUGCAAAGCACUAAAAAAGGAAGGUGGAAUGCUGCAUAUUCAUGAGGUGAUCGACAUUACUGCCAAAAAGAAGGCGGAAAAGGAAACUGCAAAAAAUAUCUCAAAUCCACCUGGAGACGGUGCUCCUGAGAAGGGUAAAGUAAAGCGUCAACUGUCCAGAUCGCAAUCCAUUGUUGAGGAAAUAGAAAGCAGGGUGUUGCCUACACCUAAGGUGUUGAAAGAAUUUGAACAAGGUGAAUGGAAAUCGUUGGCUGAACCUUACAAAGACUUUGCUAUGGACUGUGCAACAAACUGUACCCGGUUUCUUAACAAUAUUCAUUUUUCGGACACCAUGUAUUGCGUUACAAUUGUCAAUAUCACCAAAUACGGUGGCAUGUCGAAAAAAUCGGACCACGUCGUUUUGGAUUUGAUGUGCUGUAUGGAAGAUAUGCCAAUCGAAAAAAUGGUCGCCAAAUACCUGACGCUGAACCAUUCGCUUACGUGA